UUUAAUUGCAGUUCUCUAGCAAAACUCGGGAGUGGCUUUCGGCGACCUAAGGGUGCGCCUUGAACUGCGCAAUGAUCGAGGGUGAAGCGCAUAGGUGGGAUCUGGGACAAUGGGCGUGUAGCGCCGGAAGAGACAAAAGAGCCAAAGAGAGAUCUCUGCUGAACUUCUGAUUUGAUUUACAGUUUUGACUAUAUAUUUUUUUACCAAAUAAAGAUGAGUGCGCGAGUCAGACCUGGCUACUACCGCCAGGAAGUCAACAAAACCUCGUGGGAGGUACCGGAGCGGUACCGGGAUCUGAGGCAGGUGGGGACCGGCGCGUACGGGACGGUGUGCUCAGCUCUGGACUCCAGGACAGGAGCCAAGGUGGCGAUAAAGAAACUCUACAGACCUUUCCAGUCUGAGGUCUUUGCAAAGCGGGCCUACAGGGAGCUGAGGCUCCUCAGACACAUGAAACAUGAAAACGUGAUCGGUCUGUUAGAUGUGUUUACUGCUGACCUCUCUCUGGACAGACUCCAUGAUUUUUAUCUGGUGAUGCCGUUCAUGGGAACAGAUCUGAGGAAGCUGAUGAAGCUGCAGAAGCUGACAGAAGAAAGAAUUCAGUAUUUGGUUUAUCAGAUGCUCAAAGGCCUGAAGUACAUUCAUUCUGCCGGGAUUAUUCACAGGGACCUCAAACCAGGAAAUCUCGCCAUCAACCAAGACUGUGAGCUCAAGAUCUUGGACUUCGGUUUAGCGCGGCAGGCUGACACCGAGAUGACGGGGUACGUGGUGACUCGCUGGUACAGAGCCCCAGAGGUCAUUCUCAACUGGAUGCACUACACUCAAACUGUGGAUAUCUGGUCCGUGGGCUGCAUCAUGGCCGAGAUGCUGCAAGGAAAACCUCUUUUUAAAGGCAACGACCACCUAGAUCAGCUGACUGAGAUCAUGAAGCUCACAGGAACACCAACUCCAGAGUUAAUGUCGAAACUAGAGUCUGAGGAUGCCAAAGGCUACAUCAAAGGUCUUCAGAAAGUGGAAAAGAAAGACCUACAGAAGGUGUUUUCCACUGCUAAUCCACAGGCCGUGUCUGUUCUGGAGCGCAUGUUGUUGCUGGAUCCGGAGGAACGGGUGACGGCUGCGGAGGCCCUCACGCUACCUUACUUCGCCGAGUUCAGAGAACCAGGGGAGGAGACGGAAGCGGAGCCGUACGACCACUCGCUAGAUAACGCAGAGCUGACCGUGGACCAGUGGAAACGCCACGUCUUCACAGAGAUCUUGAGCUUCAAGCCCAUUUUGCCGAAGUCCAAGGAAACCUCUCUGUGAGACACAAAGAGGGGGACUUCAACCCGUGCAGCCUGAAACCAGAACAAAGUCUUUUAACGUUGAUCCCGACCGGGAAAAAAAAAACAGUUUGAUCACAAAACUUAAUGAAUGUCAAGUGACUCUUGAUUUCAAGCUCCUGUGGGAUUCUUCUUCUUUGUCAGAGUAAAAGUAAGUAUUUGGACAUUUUAACGCUUUUUUGUUCUUAAAUAACUGAUACUACGUUAAAGUUCAGAGUCUCAGCUUUGACAUGAAUAGAUUGGAUUCAAUGCAGGAAAGACACUGACCCCCAGACAUCACCAGACACAUUGCGUCUUCACCGGUGGUGCUUCCAUCAGGCUUUCACUUUGCCUUGAUGAAACAUACAACCUGCAUCCAUGAGAGGGUUCUGCACUUACUCUGCAGUCAUUAAGGGGUUUUCUUCCCCAUGCAAAUUAUCUUAAGGUCAUCUACAAGACUUUCCAUGUUGUAGUUUUCUAAGCAUGAUGCUGUACUGUAUAUAGUGUUGAGAAACACCAAAGUCAAGCUGAGACUUUCAACUUUAACAGAUUCUCAUAUUUAUUUCACAUUUCAGUGUGAUGCAGCACACGAAGAACGAAAUAUGUCCAAAUACUUAUGGUUUAGACUCUAUGCAAACUGACUGGUUGAACCAGGGAGCGAUGGAGGCAUUAUAACUAAUGGCUAAAUUUAAAGUUUCAAUUUAAUUCCCUUUACGAUGGUAUGUGUGUUGUUUGAAACUCAGUUUGGCUCAUCUUUAUCGAUCAGGAAAUAAGAGAAAACACUUAGAAAUAUUGUAAUCAAACUGACAGUCUUUCGGAAUUGUGGUGACAAUCAUAUGUAAGAAUUGCUUGUGUGUGUGUGUGUGCAUGUGUGUGUGUGUGUGUGUGUGUGUGUGUUUGUGUUUGUGUUUAUGUGUGUGUUUAUGUGUGUGGUUGACUUUAUUAUUUCUCCCAGUGGCCUUAAAGUCAAAGUGCAGCGGGGGUGAACAAUGUAUUCUACACUGAUUGGUGAAUUCAUGUUUGUAAUGUGCAUUUUUAAUAAUAUUCUCUUUGAAUAUA